AAAAAGAAACAUAGCAUCUGGUGUGCAUGAUUAAAAUUUUAUGGUCAAGUGUUAAAAAAAGAAAAGGUGUUCAGUGAUACAUCACUACGUUCUCGCUCUCGCUCUAAUAAUUUAUAAAGUUGGAGUGAGAACUCCAAAUGGAAGACCCAGUUUAAAACUGCAAGUAGAGAUUGUACGAGCUAACAGGCGUAAGUUCAGAAAUUGCAGGAUGAGUAAGGAGGAGUCCCAAGAAGCUGAAGCACCGAAGGACGGCAAAGGCGGAUGGAUCACUUUUCCUUUCAUCUUAGGGAGUGCGUUUGGGAUGACGCUAGCGGCUUCAGGAGUGACAGCCAACUUGACGGUGUACCUGAUAAAGCAGUACAACGUGAAGAGCAUCGACGCCGCGCAGAUCGGGAACAUCGUCAACGGCUGCAUCAGCCUUUCGCCCGUCGCCGGAGCCAUCCUUUCUGAUGCCUUCGUCGGCUGCUAUCCGGUCAUCGUUUUCUCCACCUUGCUCAGUUUACUGUCACUCGUCCUCGUCACGUUGACCGCUGCCGUCAAGUGGCUCAGGCCGCCCCCAUGCGCGUUCGGUUCCGCCGACUGCCAGUCGGCGUCUUCGGGCCAGCUCGCCUUCUUAUACAUAGCAAUAGCUCUGACAGCGGCCGGCUGUGGCGGAACGCGGUUCAACAUGCUCGCCCUGGGCGCCAGUCAAUUCGACAAGCCCCGAGACCAGACCGUGAUCUUCAACUGGUUCUUCGUCCUCAUCUACGCCGCUGGCAUCAUCGGAACCACUGUCUUAGUCUUCAUUGAAGACAGCAUCAGCUGGACGCUGGGCUUCGGGCUGUCCGCAACGGCUAACGCUGCUAUCGCCGUCGUCCUGCUGUCGGGAGCCAAGUACUACAGGAAGCCGGCAGCCCAAGGAAGCCCGUUCACUGGCCUCCUACAAGUGGUCGUUGCUGCUUUCAGAAAAUGGAAUGUUACAAUAACACCGGCGAAUCCCAGCUAUUACUUCAGAGCAAUUAAUGGCGGAAACAUUAACAGAGCAAAGGCUUUGGAUCAUACUCCGAACGGGAGCCUACUGGGACGUGCUCCGACCCAGAGCCUAAGGUUUCUGAACAGGGCUGCGUGGAUCUGCGACGGCGAGAUCAAGCCAAACGGGUCGGUGGCCAAGCCGUGGAGGCUCUCCAGCGUGGAGCAAGUCGAGGACUUCAAGGUCUUGCUCCGCAUCUUCCCUCUCUGGAGCUCCUCCAUCUUCAUCAGCGUCUCCAUCAGCAUCCAGCUCGGCCUCACCGUCCUCCAAGCCCUCACCAUGGACCGUACCGUCGGACCUCACUUCUCCGUCCCCGCCAGUUCCUUUGUCGUCUCCUCCCUCGCCAGCACAGCAAUCGCCCUCUGCCUGCUCGACCGCUUCCUCCUCCCUCUCUGGCACCACCUCACGCGGCACACUCCCACGCCGCUCCAGCGCGUGGGUGUGGGCCACUUCUUCAACGCGGCCGGCAUGGCUGCGUCUGCCCUGGUGGAGCACGCCCGGGCGAGGGUGGUGCGGGCGCAUCGUAAGGAAAGCGAGGCCGGUUGGGUGGUGCCGAUGUCGGCGCUAUGGCUGGUGGUGCCGUUGGUAUUGGUGGGGGUGGGGGAGGCGUUUCAUUUCCCGGGGCAAGUGGCGCUUUAUUACCGGGAGUUCCCAUCGAUGCUGCGCAACACGUCGACGGGGAUGAUAGCGGUGACCAUUGCGCUGGGGUUCUACCUGAGCACUGCCGUGAUAGACUUGAUCCGGCGAACGACAGGGUGGUUACCGGACAAUAUAAACGCGUCGAGAUUGGAGAAGGUGUAUUGGAUUGUGACUGUGUUGACGAUUGCCAACUUUAGCUACUACAUCGCCUGCGCAGCGCUCUACAGGUAUCAGAAUCCGCUGCCAGAGGAGGAGGAGGAGGAGGGGCGGCAGCAGCGGCUGAAUGGAAACGAUUAAACUGAGGAAUGUCAGCAUUGACCCGCAGUAGUUGCUGAGCUGGACAAUAAAUGAGAUCUAUGAACUUAAUGCUUUUCUUUUGUGAGAAAGAAGGUCGAGUUAAUAUAAUCUCGCUUUGUUCAUGUGAAAAAAAGAUCAUCUAUUAACCAAUGUUUUGAAAAUCGGACUAGUCAUUGAACCAAUGAGAUGAUUGGAUUGAGAUUUUUUAGGUUCA